UGUCUUACUAUAUUUAAACUUCAAAAUGUGAAUUGUUGUUUUUUGUCUUCAUAUUUCUGAGGAUAAAAUGUUGCUUGACUAUGCAAGUACAUCAGUUGUGCAAGUUAGGUUACGUUUUGAGAUUUGAUCUAGUUUCAACCUGAACAGGUCGGCGUUCACCUGUUUCCUUAAAUAUGAUGCGGAAUACCACUUUUCGAUAGCGUAAACCAACAAAUCCUUCAUAUAUUUUUCACAAACGGAAGUAGUUUAAACUUUAUUUAGCAAGUAGCUAAUGACCUGUGUAACUUUUCUUAACUGUUUUAACUUGGGCGUAUUCGGUGUUUGACAGGUAGCUGUCUAGCUAGGUUGCUACCUGCUUGGAAGGCGUGCAGGUUUUGUUUUCUGAAUGAGUAUAGCUAGCAACGCAGCUAGCGCUUACCAAAGUAGGCUACUGUAUAUAUCUGUUGUAACUGGAGGGAAAUGCUUUUAUACUUAUUUUUAUUGUGCCAAUUUAUUCAAUAUGGGCUGACUGCCUGUACAAGGAGGAUAUUGAGGAUCAUAAACACAGAGGACUCAUCGAAUGAAGUUUUUGUCGACGAGGAGGCCGCGAAAAAGUUCUUAGGACGCCACCUGUUGUUUAACCGAUUUGACUUCGAGCUUUUUACCCCGGGGAAUUUGGAAAGAGAGUGCAAGGAAGAAGUUUGCAACUAUGAAGAAGCGCGAGAAAUUUUUGAAAAUAUUCCAGCCACAGAUGCAUUCUGGGAAAUGUACACACAAGCAGAUAAUCUCCAGCCCCCAUCAAGGUUAGAUGUGACCGCCCUUCUCAUCGGCCUAAUUGCAGCUGGGGUGACCAUAAUUAUCAUCGGGCUGCUGUUUUGGUACUGCUGUCAAAGAGUGUGCACAGUUGCCAGAUCCCCUGGCUCCUCUAGGGUACGCACACGGAGAAGUAAUGCCUCCCUGAUUAUACGGAGGCUGGAAGAAGUCUCGAUGCAGCCUGUGUUCACGCCUGAGGAAGAGAUGGGCCCACCUGGCCUCCCCUCGUAUGAGCAAGCCAUUGCCAAAUCUGGACAGCAUGACGCCCCUCCUCCACCUUACCCAGGAUCCAAACCAGGAAGUAUUCGACGGUAGCAUCUAUCAAUAUUUGGCGGCGGGGGGAGUUUUAUGUUUCUAAAGUAAACAUUUUUACUUUAAGAUUUUAAGCAGUCUCUUCAUCAUAUUGGAAAAAUAUGUACAGGUUUUUGAAUUUUAAGAUUGGAAUGCUAAUAUGGUAUUUUGAUUUUCGAUUUUAAUGGAACAUAUUAUUACUGAUAAUUGCUACCCAUAAGAUGUUUUAAAUGUAGUUUACUUUUAUUGUUUUUUCAACAUCUUGUAUGAAUCCACUCUUAUAAAUGUAACAUAUCAGUAUAACAACUGACAGAUUUUGUGUAAGGAGCAAUAUUUCUCAAGUGUGAAAUCUUAAUAUGGAUCAUAUUUGAAUUCAGUUCAUUGACAAUAAAGUGUAUCAUUGGUAUCUUGACCUACUCUAGGUAAACAGAUGCAGACGGGUAAAUGUACAUGGCUAAAUGUGGAUUGUUAAACAAAAUAUCUCCUGUCGCAAUAAUAGUCACCUACAGAGUGAAUUGCUAAUGCAGUGGGGGAAAAAUGGGGGGAAAAAACUCUUUUACAUUUUUGUAUUAUAGUGUUAAACGAUUAGAUAUGUACGUGAAGUAGCAGAAUUUCUUUGAGGUGAAGUUUUAAGAAAUAUUUUGACAAUAUACACAAAAACGUCAGUCCAGCUGUGUUUUUGGGACAUAGCCCAUUAGGACUCAGGUUAAGGAUGAGAGCAACACUCAGUGAAUGGCCCUGGAUAACUGGCCCUGGCCUUCUGUUAUUUGGGGGGAAAUCAACAAAGUAGGCCAUAAAAACCACUAUGAAUAGGUCAUUUUAUGGCUGUUUUGACUAGUUUAACAUUGUGAUCACCAGUUGUGUAACAUUAGAAUGUAAUACAUAUUUUUCACUUACCACACUAUGCCAUAUGUUGCCCUUUUAAGGAAUCUGCUACAGCAGAGUGCCAUUAGCAUUGUUAGCCAAAUGAAGUGAUGAUAAAGCUGAACUUUGAAGAGUAGCUGUGCACUGGCUGUUAUCUGGAGUAAUUUGUUAACCAUUUCCACUCUUUUAUGAUGGGAUAUCUUUAGGUUUUUUAAUGGUCAUUAAAUAUCAUUGUCAAUUGUUAAUGUCAUUAAAGGGUUUAAGUUGAUAUUUAAAAUGGAUUCAGUAUGGAUCUGAUUCUG